AUGGCGCCGCUUCCACCUCCUCACUCACCGCCCUCUCUCUCUUCUCCUAUUCUCUUCACCUAUCUUCACCAGUUGUCUACUUCGUCUUCUCCACUCUCGUCGUCAGUUCAAGCUUUGUCGGUUCGUCUCCAUUGCCGUUGGGUAACAAGCAUCGCCGUCGGCGCACAAGAGCACCACCGUCGCAACACCGCCGAUCCAUUACCCCAAGAUACUGGUGUGGCGUCUACUACUUUGGAUAGUUUAGCUAGUGGCAUCAUUCAAGCCAGGUUAGAUUUGGAGUUAAAACCUCUAUGGUCAAAAAGUAGUUCAAAGUCAAAGGUUAAUGUUUCAAGCUUUCAUAUCUUCCUGGCAAUUCCAGUUGGUAUUAAACAAAAAAGUAAUGUUGAUGACAUUGUUCAAAAGUUUCUUUUAGAGAAUUUUACAAUUAUGUUAGUCCAUUAUGAUGGGAACGUGGAUGAAUGGCAGGAACUACUUAGUCAUAUGAUUUUGUCUAUCAUAUAUGUUCGGGCCCUAACAUAG